AUGAAAAUUAGGCCGCCGCAGCCGCCGCCGCCGCCGCCGCCGCCGCCUAUCCUCUCAAAUGGCAUCAGCAGAGACGUUACUGGGCCAUAAAACCCAGCGACCAAGCUCCUGAGGAAAAAACAUCUGUCGAUCAUAUGGUUGCUGAAAAUCUUACUCUUUCUUUCCACCAUGGCUUCAGCUGUUAUGGCUUCCACUUCUACACCUUUUACUGACAAGAGCAAGCUCCUUUCUUCAUCCUCUUCUGCCGCUUCUCUCUCUGGAUUUCUCCCUGAUUCCAUCCAUGUCAACAAGAAAAAGUCAUCGCUUGCUAUUCAUGCUGUCAUGGCUCCACCUCAGCCGCAACGACCUCCUUCCACCACUGGUUCUGUGAAACACGCAAUGACGAUGACGGAGAAGAUACUGGCUAGGGCUUCAGAGAGGUCGCACUUGGAUCCUGGGGAGAAUGUAUGGGUGGAUGUUGAUAUUCUGAUGACCCAUGAUGUGCUUGGGCCUGGAGCUAUUGGUAUUUUCAAGAGGGAAUUUGGUGAGAAUGCAAAAGUUUGGGAUUGUGAGAAGGUCGUAAUUAUACCGGAUCACUAUAUUUUUACAAAUGAUGAACUUGCAAACCGAAAUUUGGAUAGCUUGAGGGAUUUCUCCUUGGAGCAGAAUAUUAAGUAUUUCUAUGAUAUAAAGGAUCGUAGUAACUUUAGGGCAAACCCUGAUUAUAAAGGUGUAUGCCAUAUUGCCCUUGCUCAAGAAGGACACUGUAGGCCUGGUGAGGUCCUGCUUGGAACAGAUUCCCAUACAUGUAAUGCUGGAGCAUUUGGACUGUUUGCUACGGGUAUUGGAAGCACUGAUGCCAGUUUUGUAAUGGGAACUGGGAAAGCUCUGCUUAAGGUUCCACCAACUUUAAGGUUUGUCUUGGAUGGGGAAAUGCCUGACUAUCUUCUUGCUAAGGAUUUGAUUCUUCAAAUCAUUGGUGAAAUUACUGUGGCUGGUGCAGCAUAUAGAUCCAUGGAGUUUACUGGUUCUACUGUUGAAAGUUUGAGCAUGGAAGAGCGGAUGACAUUGUGCAACAUGGUCGUUGAAGCUGGCGGAAAGAAUGGUGUCGUUCCUGCUGAUCAAACUACAUUCAGUUAUCUUGAAGGAAAAACAUCUGCUAAAUUUGAACCUGUUUACAGUGAUGUAAAAGCCAAGUUUCUAUAUGAGUACAAAUUGAAUACUGCCAAGUUGGAACCUCUUGUUGCCAAGCCCCAUUCUCCUGAUAAUCGUGCUCUAGUAAGGGAGUGCAAGGAUGUGAAAAUAGACAGGGUUUAUAUAGGAUCCUGCACUGGUGGAAAGACUGAAGAUUUCUUGGCUGCUGCUAAGAUUUUCUUAGUUUCGGGAAAAAAGGUCAAAGUGCCAACUUUUCUUGUUCCUGCUACUCAAAAGGUUUGGAUGGAUUUAUAUACCCUUCCUGUUGCCGGAUCAGGUGGUAAGACUUGUUCUCAGAUAUUCGAAGAAGCUGGGUGUGACACUCCAGCCAGUCCAAAUUGUGGUGCAUGUUUAGGCGGCCCUCGAGAUACUUAUGCUCGCAUGAAUGACGCCAAGGUGUGCGUGUCUACAACAAACCGAAACUUCCCUGGACGAAUGGGGCACAAAGAAGGCCAAAUUUAUCUGGCGUCACCUUUCACGGCUGCAGCAUCAGCUCUUACUGGUUAUGUCACCGACCCAAGAGAGUUUUUGCGAUAAAGCACUGUAAUCUCUAUUCUCUACCCAUGGGCCACGAUCUUCCACACCCACGUUACGUCAUGAUUUGAUUGGUGGAGGGGGACAGCAAGUUCUUUUCACUAAUCAUCGUGUAUAUAAAAUUCUGGUGAAAUUUUUUGGUUGAGUUGGGAUGCUUUAGGAUAUGGAAGUUAAUCAUAGGCUCAGGUUUGUGGUUGAAUAUAUGUUUUGAGUUGCACUGUAUUUGCACUCCUUUAUUCUGGGUGAUUUAUUAUCGUAUGUUUCUCGUG